UCCGGCACGAAUCAUUUGUGCCUAUGUGUUAAGGAGUGAAUAUUCAAUUUUAAAUGUUUUUUUAAACAUAUUUAUUGAAUUUAUUGAUAAUGAACAAUUGUUUUACUAUAAUUGUGAAUAAUAGAUGUUUCUUGCUAAAUUUAUGAUUCACUAACAGCUGUUAAUACAGAUGUUAGACGGGGGUGCCUUUUAUUUACGUGUGCGUUCUUGUUUACUAACAAACAGUUGUAUUUAACGCAGAUAAAGUUGGAGUAAUUGUAAAAUACUGUUGCAAAAUGCACAGGAACAAAAAGGUUCUGUAUUAUAUUAACUGACUGUACGACGUGCAAUGUAUUAUAGUACAACGAACUAAUUGGAGUUUCCUAACCUCGACAUACGUUUACAUGUCAACGUCACAUUAUUUUCGUUAUAUUUGAAUGAAACAAUAAUCCAAGACCAUGAGUACCAAGAAGGUUAUAACAUUUGGGAAAAUCACUAAGGAUUUAAAUCAGGAACGUUCUUCUGAGAACACAGAAGGCACAAGUUCUGGAUUCGGGACAUUCGGUAAGAAACUACCAGAAACAAAUAUAAUAAAGAUGAAUGAAAUCAAGCCCGAAGACGAAGAAGAAACUCAUAAUCUAAAGCAAAUUAUGGGCAUAACUGGUUUCGGUAAGAAGGCCAAAUCAUUUGAUGUACAAGAAAUGCUAGAGAACAUUACAAAAACUCUUAAUAGCAACAAGACUGUUGCCAGUGAUAAAGAGAAGAAGAGUCCAGAUGUUGCCGAUAAAUCAUCAGAGGAAGAACCAAAGAGUGCCAGCCCUACUGAUGAAAAUAAAGAUGACGAGGAUGAGGAUAACGAUCUCAUUGGUCCUCCAAUUCCAUCUGACUUCCAGAGUACAACAGAUUUAGGGGAAUCAUCGAAGUUAAAGCAGAGCGGAAACGACAGCGACGAAGACGAGGAAGAGUCUGACACAGAGGAAACACAGCUGAGAGACAAAGUCCCAUGCAGUCAUGAAGUUACAAUGACUCAUGGCACAAAAGCGGUAACUGCUAUUGCGGCAGACCCUUCCGGUGCGAGGCUAGCCUCCGGUUCAAUCGACUACGACGUUUGUUUCUGGGACUUCGCUGGCAUGGACUCGUCCAUGAGAAGUUUCAGAACGCUGCAGCCCUGCGAGAAUCACCCAAUUAAAUGUCUACAAUACUCCAUGACUGGGGAUGUCAUACUAGUCAUUGCAGGCUCCGCACAGGCGAAAGUCCUGGACAGAGACGGUUUCGAGAAAUGCGAGACUGUCAAAGGUGACCAAUACAUCACAGACAUGGCACGUACGAAAGGUCACACAGCAGGCUUAAACUGUGGCUGCUGGCAUCCGUUCACCAAAGAAGAAUACAUGACUUGCUCCCAAGACAGUACUUGCAGGAUAUGGAUCUUGUACAGGCCGCGUGCUCACAAGUACCUGAUCAAAUGCCGAGCUCAGAACGGGGUCAAAACCAUACCAACUACAUGCGGCUACAGCCGCGAAGGCACAGUGGUGGCUUGCGGCUGCGUGGACGGUUCCAUACAGAUGUGGGACCACAGAAAGAACUUCGUGAACCCGUCGCUGAUCCAAAGGAACGCCCACGCGCAGGGUUCGGAGAUCUCCAGCCUGAGCUUCUCCUAUCUGGGACACAUGCUGGCGACGAGGAGUUGCGACGACACGCUGAAGCUCUGGGACCUGAGGGCCUUCAGGUCCCCAGUGUUCGAGGCGCGGAACCUCUACUCCCGCUACGACACGACGGACUGCAUGUUUAACCCGGACGAUUCGAUUGUCAUUACAGGGGAGUCCCUGAACCGCGGCCAGAACACCGGGAGGGUCCUGUUCUACGACACGAAAACGUUCGACCUGGUGAACGAGAUCAGCGUAACGAACUCGCACGUGAUCAAGACGCUGUGGCACCCGAAACUGAACCAGAUAUUCGUCGGCUGCGGGAACGGCAUAGUCAAGGUGUACUACGACUCGAAGAAGAGCCUGCGGGGCGCGAAGCUGUGCGUGGUGAAGACGCACAUGAAGCAGAAGCACAUCGAGGUGAUGUCCACGCAGCAGAUCAUCACUCCGCACGCUCUGCCGUUGUUCCGGCAGGACAGGCCGAAGUCGGUGCGCAAGCAGAUGGAGAAGGAUCGGCUGGACCCGGUGAAGUCGCGGCGACCGGACCUGCCGAUCACCUCCGGCCAGGGCGGCAGGGUCGCUUCCUCCGGGGGAACGCUCAGCUCCUACGUGAUCCGCAACUUGGGCCUGAGCAAGAGGAUAGAGGACGACCAGGACCCCCGAGAGGCGAUCCUGAAGUACGCGAAGGUGGCGGAGGAGAAUCCGUACUGGAUCGCGCCGGCGUACAAGAAGACGCAGCCGAAAACGAUUUUCCAGUCGGACGACGGCGACGGGCCGUCGAACGCGAAGAAACCAAAGACCUGAGAGCAGCGUGGAGUGCGAGAAAGGUGGAGAUCGAGUUUUUAAUGUAUACUAGUAACACGUUAAGCAUCAUUUUCAGAAGUAACAGAGACACUCGAGCCAUAGACUGUAUUCUAACGUACGACGAGCGUUGCGUGUACGCGUUUAUGUACGAUGUGUGUUAACUUGGAGAAUUAAAGGAGAAU